AUGGCUGAAACUUGUAGAGAACCUAAGGUUAGGCUUAGACUCUUCGUCGAUGAAGAGAAAAACAAAGUCGUUUUGGCUGAAGCUAGUAAGGAUUUUGUUGAUGUUCUCUUUAGCCUCUUGACACUACCAAUGGGAGCUAUUGUCAGAUUGCUCGAGAAGCAUCGAGAAUCUUCUAAGCCAAUAACUAUUGGUUGUUUUAACAACCUCUACAAAAGUGUUGUGGACAUGGACAUUCACAAUUUCGAGACUCAAGCUAGUAAAGAGAUCUUGCUUAACCCAAGGAGUUUGAGUGAGGUCAAGUGUCGAAAGCUUAAGCUUGACAUAAACCCUACAGAUGAUCUCAAGUUCUUCACGUGUCGGAAUUUAUGUAACUUGUGCAGCAAUUUCAACACUUCUCUGUGCAAAUGUGGUAAUUUGAUGAAUGCGGAGAUGCCAUUAUCAUCACAACCGCGAGUUUCAGCUAGCUUACAAAACGAUGCCAAUGGAGUAUUUGUUAGUGGUAGGUGUUCUUACAUCAUAACCGAUGAUUUGAAUGUUGCAGUUAGUUCCACUAGUCUUGUUUUGAAUAAGCUCAAAUCUCAAGGCUAUGUUGAUGUUAGUAAGCUUGGAGAAAAGCUUGUUGAUGUUGGUUUUGAAGAGGUAUUAACUCUGCUUGAAUGUAUCUUCUCAUCAAAUGCUCCCUUGACGGAUGCUUUCUUGAAUAACAAGGAAAGUACACAAGAUUCGUCAAAGAUUGAUCAAAUUUUGAGUCAAUGUGUGGAGGAGAAGAAUGGAGUUGAAGCAGAACCGGAGAAGGUAUUAACUUUGAGUGCGGUCGUGAGGAAACAUGACAUGAAUAUUUUAUAUGUCGAAUGCGGAGAAGACUUUGUUGAUCAUCUCUUCAGUUUUCUCGCUGUCCCUUUGGAAUCUGUAUUGGAAAUCUUUGGUAACAUCUCCACUAAUGGGUGCAUUGGAAACUUGUUUGGGAGCUUCAAUGACUUGAGUGGUGUUAAUGAAAGGACAACACACAAAUCAAUGUUGCACCAUUACUACAGAUGUAAGAAGCAGUUGCUUGAUAUCACUACUGACCAAACUCCGGUUUACGACUGCUACAAGAUCCCUGGUAGUGGUUUGACGAUAAACUCUGAUUUGAAUCCUGUGGUUUUGAUGGAUCCAAAAUCUAAUGGAAGGGAUCAGUCACCAGAAGGUAGUGGAUUUGUGAAGAGAGACACAAAGUUUACAGUAUCAGAUGAUCUAAUCAUUACUCCUAUGAACUCAAGCUCAACUAUUUGCUUACUUAAGAAGUUUGAGAUUCAAGCAGAGGAUCUUGAGGUGCAAGAAAUAAGCAUCACCAAAAUAGAGGCUACAAGUCUAUUGAGAGCUUCCUUGGUGACAUCUUCUGCAUUGAACACUUGUUUAAAGAAUUUGAUUGUGAAGAAUUCCAAGGUAGAGAGACUUGCAGAAACAAGAAAUUGCAAUUCCGCAUAG